UUUGUGCCAGAUACUAUCCCCCACACUUAUUUUUAACAGAGGAUUUAUACUGCGACUUGGCAACAGCUGAGUGCAUAAGUUUCGUUUACCCUUCGUCACUAUUCUCAACCGCCAACAAGGAAGUUUUCUCAUACAGGCUUGGCCAGCUGUUGCCUUUGCGUGUAUUAGGACUUGUCUUUCCUAACAAUGUCGGAGGCGAAUAUCUUGAAAAUCAUUUGCGGUAACGGAGGGGCGAUAGAUUAUGAGAGACUCCUUGAAUUAGCUUCCGGCUUUCCAGAUAUAAACUGCUUUGAAUUUGAUUCACUCAUCGAAAAUGAACAGUUAUUCUCUCUGACGGAGAACAGUGGCGUCAAACAAGUACUAGCCAAAACAAACGUCAGACUCUGCAAAGUGAGAGACUGCACUGGCUGUAAAAAUCUUCAUCUUUGUAAAUUGUAUCUACAUGGAGAAUGCACAUGGGGAAGACGCUGUGGUUACGGGCACAAUUUAAACUCGCACCACAACGCCAGAGUUCUCUCAGAACAUCAACUACAGAGGCUUAGCAGAGCAGAGAUCAGGCAGUUACUUUUGCACAAUGACAGCCCACAUGUCCUGCUUCCACCGCUCUGUAUGAGUUACAACCAUGGUGAGGGUGACUAUGGCCGAUGUGAUGACAAGGAUAACUGCACGGGGCUUCACAUCUGCGAGGGCUACAUUCAAGGCACCUGCGACUCCGGCGACUGCGGCCGGUCACAUGACUUCUUCGAGCCCCACCCGAUGAGGACCCUGCGGGGGAGGGGUGUGCCCAGCGGAAUGGUGGGAUCCAUGCUCUCCGUCUACCGGAACAUCUUGGUGCUCAGAGGCACUCUGAAGUCCAAUGCUGGGGCCAGGACCAGAAGACGCAGAAGGGGUAAAAGAGGAGGCGCCACCACUACCAGUGGUGUGGCUAAAGACGAAAGCAGUCCAGCACGGCCAGAGAUAAGUGAAAUCUGCCUGCCUGCUGAUUGCAAAGAAGGCAACUCCAAAAUGCCCUACCAGUGGCAAUUUAAGGCUAGAGAAACCUGGACCGACUUUUCGAUCAGUGAAGACAUCGAGAGGGACUUUUGUAACCCAAGCUGCGCUAGCUUCAUCGCUUUGAGUGUGAAGUGUGACCCCGUUUGUUUUGAUACCAUGACCUGCGGGCCCCAUGAGGUGCGACGGCUCUCCACAGCCCCCUCCGUGCUCAUGCCUGACUUCAUCCUCACCACCGAGUGGCUCUGGUAUUGGGAAGAUGAGAACGGAGAAUGGGUCCCCUAUUCCUCCAUAAAAGAGAGUCACAGGAUGUCCUCAGUGUCCUCCAGUGAUCUGGAAAAGCGUUACCAGGAAGACAACAACGCUGUAGUCCUCUUCACAGUUGGUAAAGAGCACUAUGAACUGAGUUUCAAAGGUAAUACACUUACUGCAUGUCCUACAUUUAUACCACUGUCUAGAUAGAUGGAUACUUUAUUAAUCCCGAGGGAAAUUUAGGUAAUCUAGUAGCUUAUACACUUAUACAACUCACCGACAUACAUACAUAAAUCGCAUAUACAUAGGGAGAACAAAUUCACACGGAGUGGGGGUGUUUACAGAUACAAGAAUGGGUCUGACCCUAUGGUACAGAAUGCAAUGAUUGUGAUAGUGUCGAUGUCCAGGAGGAUAGUGUGUCUAUAUAUAUAU